UUGCAGGGCGAGCAACGAUUACCAGCGCAGCAUCAUGAGGACGAACGCAAUGAUUCGACACACGGGAGAGGUCGAACUCGUCUCCCACGUGAUGUUCCAGUCGACCUGUGACGUCGAUAUCUCCUGGUACCCAUUCGACCGACAGGAAUGCAAAAUGCAUUUCGCCUCCUGGACCUAUGACGUCACAAAGAUUCAAGUAACGAGCAACCAAGCGGACCUGUCCGAGUUCUCGCCAAAUCCGGAAUUCUUCUUGGAAAAUUUCUUUGCCGAGGUUCGUCAAGAACACGAUCCGUGUUGCGAACAACCUUUUUCAACAGUCGUAUAUCACAUCCAGCUACAGCGACGUUCUCUGCAUCCGGUGAUUUUUUACAUCCUUCCUGGGAGCAUCGUUAAUACGUGCGCUAUCUUCGCGUUUCUGCUCCCGGCAGACAGCGGCGAGAAGAUCAGCCUGGCCAUGAGUAGCCUGGUCGCCAUGAUGGUGUUCCUGAUGGCUGUCACUAUAGACAUCCCGCCUUCCUCUGUCAUUCCACUAAUUGGUCGCUAUUAUAUUUCCUGCAUCAUACUCCUCGGAAUCAACGUGGUGCUUUGCGUCGUUUCGGUGAAGUGCAAACACGACGUGAACAGCAUCUCCGAAAGGCUUGGGUACAUAACUAAGAUCAUUGGUCGCCUGUGUCUUUUAACGCCACCGCCCAAGGUUUUCGUAGACAGUAAGGAAGAGCUCCCUACUGCUUGGCAAAGCACGAGCGACCAUGGCUCUGAAGAACUGUCAGUACACUCUGGCGACCAUGUGAAAGACGUCGACUUUGAAUGCAGAACCCUCAGAGCUCUUGAGCGGAUCCGAUCUAUCAUCCAACUCAGAGUCCAACAAGAGAGAGCAGAGUCUGAGAAAACAUCGGAGGCUCUGUUCUUCUGCCUCGUUCUCGACCGGUGUUUUUUCGCUCUGUUGAUCUUCGCCACCGUCGUCCUCAACCUUGAAUUCCUCCUGGCGUCGCCCCAUUCCCACUCCUUCGAGUACUGUCCUUACGGGCACGGGGCCUGCCCGCCUGACUUCGAUUACAAGAAGUACGAGCAACUGAUCGAAUCGGGUCAAGGAGUGGCUGGGGUCAAGUUGCGUUCUCAACAUUAACCAGGAGCUUCAGAAAAUAAAAAAUGGAAAAAAAGUAUCCAACAUGAACUUCAACUCAUUUCUCAGCCUUAUUCAGCAUAUAAUGUGUCUGUAAUUAAUUCCGUAAAUUUGCCUUACAGCCGUAGUAGCAGUAGUUUUGUUUUUGUUCAUUUCUUUCACCCCCUGCCGUACAUGGAGUAGCAAAUCAUUGCUCUACUUGAAUUGAUUGAAAACAUUGCACAAAAGUUUCUUCCGUAUUCUUAUCAUAUAUGUAUUUGUGUUUUGUGCUUAUUUUGAAUGAUGCUCAAGUAGAAUCAUGUUUGUACUUAUUCUUAGUCUGUCACCUCGUUAGUACAAGCCUAGUUAGUAAUUAUAAACUCGUUUACUGUACCUCCAGUUUUUUCCAGCUCCUGGGUGUUAAUAAAACAUCAUUCGUUUUUAGUUAAUAGCAUGAAAACAGGAUGCUGAGGUUUGAAAAUGAACCUGAACCUAUUUAGGAACUAUGCCAAUAGAGAAAAACCUGGGUAUUUAGUACAUCUCUAGCCGCAAUUGCCUCUGUGGUUUCAACGACCACAGAAGCCAAACAUGUUAGGUCUAAAAGAAAACACUGAAAGGGAAAAUGCACUCGUGUCUCUAUUGUAAUAA